CUAGUCAUGUUUUUUGUUCCUUAAAUUGCAUCUUGUCACCAGGAGUAUGUUUAAUUUAUAGGACUAUCUAUUAGUUUGUGUGACGCAAAGAGAAAAGCCACAUCCGGCGGCAACUUCUGGACUCUCAUGCGUUUAACGAGCAAUGGUGGCUGAAUCCAGAGUUCCUGCUUCUUAUCCUGUCUAAAACCCGGGCUUUGCACCCUUCAGCGCUGGUUUACUAAACUGAUGUUUUGUUUGUGAUGUUAUAACACGGACAGCUGCAUGCAGGUCUUUGUGCUAGGUUUUCUCAAUCCUCUUAGCCACAGAGUGACAUCAGUGUCAGUGUUCCACAUGCUCUCUCAAUCUGUCAACAACUCUGACGACUGCUUAAUGACAUUGGCUGCUGUUGCCUCCAUUAUCCUCGCCAUAGGAGGCGCUGGAAUGUUUUCUGCUCUUCAUAAGAUUGAAGAAGGACAUGUGGGUGUCUACUACAGAGGUGGAGCUCUGCUGACCACCACCAGUGGCCCUGGAUUUCAUCUGAUGCUGCCGUUCAUUACUACAUUUAAGUCUGUACAGACAACUCUACAAACAGAUGAAGUAAAGAAUGUUCCAUGUGGCACAAGUGGAGGUGUAAUGAUCUACUUUGAUCGCAUUGAGGUGGUGAACUAUCUUGCUCCCUCAGCAGUUUACGACAUUGUGAGAAACUUCACUGCCGACUACGACAAAGCUCUGAUUUUCAACAAGGUUCACCAUGAGCUGAAUCAGUUCUGUAGUGUGCACGCACUUCAGGAGGUCUACAUAGGCCUAUUCGAUCAAAUAGACGAGAAUCUAAAGCUCACGCUGCAGCAGGAUCUCACCAGCAUGGCACCUGGACUCAUCAUUCAGGCGGUCCGUGUCACCAAACCAAACAUUCCAGAAAGCAUUCGCAGGAACUAUGAACUGAUGGAGGGUGAGAGGACGAAGUUACUGAUUGCGACUCAGACUCAGAAGGUGGUAGAGAAGGAGGCAGAGACGGAGAGGAAAAAGGCUGUCAUCGAGGCAGAGAAGGUGGCUCAGGUGUCUGAAAUAAAAUUUGGACAGAAAGUUAUGGAAAAAGAAAUAGAGAAAAGGAUCUCAGAAAUUGAAGACGGCGCUCUCAUUGCUCGGCAGAAAGCAAAAGCAGAUGCAGACUUUUACACUGCACAGAGAGCAGCUGAGGCCAAUAAGCUGAAGCUGACUCCUGAAUAUCUUCAGCUGAUGAAAUUUAAGGCAAUUGCAGCUAAUAGUAAGAUUUACUUUGGAAGUGAGAUCCCUCGCAUGUUCAUUGAUUCAGGACCAAGAAGCUCCUCGUCAGCUGCCUCCAAAGCUAUAGAUGCUCUCUCAGAGGGCAUACUGGACUUGGAAUGACGAGAGAAGUUAUGUUUUAGCACUGAGGAUAAAUGAACAGGUUACCUGAUUGAUGGCUGGUCUUUGAAGAUCAGCAGUUUUCAGAAGAAUGGCAGCAUUUGCUAUGUGACCUAAAACAUUGUGUAGAGUUAGACUAUUAUAUAUACAAUAAAUCACAUCAUAAUACACAUAGAUUUCUACCCUUAAAUUAGAACAUAGCAUGAACAAAAGGAGCGAACUAUAAACCGCACUGAAAAUUAUUAUAUAUUAAUAAAUUGUCACUUAGACACAAUAUUUUUCCUCCUGAAUCAGAGGUCAGCUGAUCAGUAACAUUAAUUAAUAAACGUAUAUUUUACUUACAGCUAGCUUUUUUAUUAAUCGCACUCAAAUUGUUUGAUUCUGUUAAUCAAAAGACUCAUUUAAAUUCAUUAAAUUUGGAGCUAGCCUACAAAUGUAAAAGGACUGGUUGAUUAAUUUUUAACCGAUAAACACCCCCAAAAACAUGAUGGCACAUGCACCCUUAUGACACUUAAAGGGCUAGUUCACCCAAAAAUGAAAAUUCUGUCAUCAUUUACUCACCCUCAUGCUGUUCCAAAACUGUACGAGUUGGUUUCUUAUGUUAAACAUUUUGAAGAUUGCUGGUAAUCAAACAGUUGGUGGUUGCCAUUGACCAUGAUAGAAGGAAAAAACAAUACUAUGGAAGUCAAUGGCAACAACCAAUUGUUUGAUUGCCAGCAAUCUUCAAAAUAUAUUCUUUUAAGUUCAACAUAAGAAAGGAACUCAUACAGGUUUGGAACGACUUGAGGGUGAGUAAAUAAUGACAGCAUUUUCAUUGGGUGAACUAUCCCUGUAAUCAUGGUACAUA